AUGGGAACCAGGGCCUGUUACAAUUGUGGUGAAAUGGGUCAUGUUGCCAAAUUCUGUCCCAAUGGUCAUCUAAAGAAACAACAGCAACAACCAUAUCAACAAAAGCCAGGAAAUCCCCCAAAGGGUCAAGCUAGGGUUUAUGCUCUCUCAAGGCAAGAGGAGGAUCAAGAUCAUAACGUAUUCGCAGGUAACAUCCUCAUCUCUAGAAUACCUGCUUAUACUUUGUUUGAUUCUGGUUCCACCCAUUCUUUUAUAUCCCCUAAGUUUGCAAGUAAACUUAAUGCACAUGUGGAACAUGUAAGUACUCCCUUAGGAGUAACGAUACCCUCAGGAGGUAUAAUAAGCAUGAAUCAUGUAGUAAGAACAGCUAAGGUGGAGGUCAAGGGAAAUUUUUUAGAAACGACCUUAUAUGUCUUAGAUAUGCAAGAAUUCGACGUGAUUUUGGGAAUGGACUGGCUUUCCAAGCACCAUGCGACCAUUCUAUGCUUCGAAAAGGAAAUAGUUUGUAAGUAUCCUGAAGGGAUAGAACUUUGCCUUUCAAUGGCUGAGACAAAACACCUUCCUCGUGUCAUUUCAGCAUUAAAAGCUAAGAAACUAUUGCAGUCAGAAGGAUGUAUUGGAUUCUUAAUGUCAGUGAUGGUUAAGGGAGGAAAAGAAUUAACAGUGAAUGAUGUUAAAGUAGUAAAGGACUUUCCAGAGGUCUUCCCUGAUGACCUGACUGAAAUGCCACCAGAACGAGAAGUAGAGUUCACUAUUAAUCUAGUGCCCGAUUCCACACCUAUUUCUAAAGCUCCUUAUAGGAUGGCACUAAAAGAGCUACACGAAUUGAAAACCUAG